CUAAUGGCCAAUGGAUAUGGGACUCUUUGAAUAAACAGCCUGUAUAUACCAACUGGGCAAAUGAUACUGAACAUUUAAGCUUCGACUGUGCUUACAUAGAUGCCGAGAGAAAUGGUAAAUGGUUUGAUACACCAUGUACAACAUCACUCAGUAUCAUGUGCUAUAUGGAAGUUGGCUCAUCGAACUGGAAGAAAAAUGUGUUGAGAGAUGAAACCCAAGGAAGGACAGUCGUGUCAGAGUGCGGAGAAGGAUGGAGAGACGCACCCAACAGUGACUCCUGUUAUAUGUUUAAAAAGGAAACGGUGACCUGGUCAGCGGCGGAGGACGCAUGUGUCAAAAUGGGUGCUCAUUUAAUCAGUAUUGACAAUGCUCAUGAACAGGGAUACAUCACAGGAUUUCUUCAGUCCUCUGCUGUAUAUAGCACGGUGUGGAUUGGAGCAAACUCGCGCUCUCGACAGAAGGGAUUCACCUGGAGCAGUGGUCUCCCCUUUGUCUUCUACAACUGGUUUCCUGGGCAACCUGAUGGACAGAAUUUUGGAUCUGAGGAAUGUGUCUCUAUUUUUUCUAUUAAUGGGAAAUGGUCAGAUGUUUCAUGUGGUCAAAGACAUUACUUCAUCUGCGAGAAAAUGCGUCCAUCGAGAGUUAACACGACUUCUACCAUAACUCCUACAACUGAUGGAUAUGGAAAAUUUUGUCCAGAUGGUUGGAAGUCAUACAGGGAUCAUUGUUUCUUGAUUGAAAGAAAGAAAAUGUCAUGGAAUGAGGCAAGCCGGCUCUGUAGACGCAGAGAUAGUUACCUGGCAACCAUUGCUGACCAAGACGAGCAAAAUUUCAUAUUUAGUCAACUACCCUCUGACUAUUGUUUUAAUUUCCACCCUAACGACACGCUUUGCUCAGAGUUGGCAGCUAUGGGUAAAUGUACAGAUGACUUGUUAUACAUGAUGAAACAAUGUCCUGCUGCAUGUAAGCAAUGCAGCAAGAAUUGUUCUAACUCGUUAAGUACUGAACACUGCCAAUCUUAUGCAGCCAUAAAUGGCUGUGAAAACAAUCCAGAAUGGAUGUUACAACACUGUAGAAAAACAUGUGGAGCUUGUAAUGCAGUUAUUACCAGGGGAUUCUGGAUUGGUCUUAAAGACAUAAAAGGUCACCUGUUUGCAUGGGAAAACCAUGAAAAGGUUUCCUUUACAUUAUGGAGAAAAUCAGAACCUCAGGGAUAUCUUAACUAUCAAGAAGGUUGCACAGCAAUGACUUACAAUGAUGGAUUAUGGUUUGAUCAGAAAUGCAACAUGAUAAUGCCAGGUUUAAUUUGUAAAGCUGAAAAACAAGAGGAGGGGUUUACAGUGUCAACCGGGUGCGAUAGGGAUUACGUAAGCUACACAUCAAUGUGUUACAAAUUCAGAAAUGAUGUGUUAACAUGGAGUGAAGCCCAGUCAAAAUGUGAAGAAGAAAAUGGACAUCUUGCCACUGUUAAUAAUGUAUAUGUUCAAGCAUUUUUAUCAAGUCAGCUGAUUAGAAAGACUGGGAACUUUUGGAUAGGAUAUAAGGAAACAAGGUCUAACGAUACCUUAGAGAUGUGGAAUAGCGGUCACCUGAUCAAAUUUCGGUUUGGGGAUAAACUAGAUUUUUCUUCCAUCGAAUUGUCAGAAGCAUGUGCCACAAUGACGACAUCAGUGCCUGCCGGGAUAUGGUCAUUUAAAAACUGCACUACAAGACAUAAUUUCAUAUGCGAGAAACUCCGAAAUGGAUACACAACGACUACACUUCCUGUACCGACAACUCCUCCACUACAGUGUCAAAACGGGUGGACAACCAUUAACGAUUUUUGUUAUAUGGUUAUUCAAGAAAGAUCCUCACCUGAACCAAAGGUUCAAGCCGUAAUUUACGAUAACUUCUGCAUUAGAUGUAUCUUUAUUAUAAAAUAUAUGUUUUUUUUUCUCAGGCUUACGGAGGAAAAUUUCUGGAUUGGGCUAAAUGACAGGGAAAAAGAGGGAGAUUGGCAAUGGUCAGAUGGAACACCCUUAGAUUACAAAAAAUGGCUGACUAAUCAACCAGAUAAUUGGCAGGGUUAUGAGAACUGCGCCACAUACCGACGAACAAACAGAGGGUUUAACGAUGUCAUAUGUUCUGGUAAACGUCCAUUCAUAUGCAAAGCAGAAAAAGGUGUUUUGGUAACGGAUGAUUAUCAGCCACCACCUUUGGAGAAAUGCGAUGAUGAGGAAUUCGUUCGAUUGAAUAACUCUUGUUUCAACGUAACAGAAGUUAAAUCAAAUUUUUAUGAAGCACAGCGUAGCUGUCACGAAAAGGGUGCCGAGUUAGCAAGCAUUCACAGUAAAGCAGAAUUUAGAUUUAUAACUGCUAUUUCGUCCAAAGACUUGUGGAUAGGCUUAGUCCGAUCAUCGAACGCUGGAUUUGCAUGGACCGAUGGAACACCACUCGAUUUCGUACGCUGGAGAAAAGAUGAACCUAACAAUCGUCUUGGAAUGGAAGAUUGCUCUCACACAAGUAUAGGAGCUUGGAAUGAUAACAAUUGUGGAAAUAACUUAGGAGGAUAUGUCUGUAAGAAACGAAAUAAAGGCAAAUCGACUCAACCCUCUACUACUGUUAUAAAAGGUGGAUGCCCUACAGAAUUUGUCCCAUCCCCAUUCGGCAGUAAAUGUUAUAAAGUGGUGGAUGUCCAAAAAUCAUGGUCAAGUGCCCAAUCUGAUUGCAAUAGAACAAACGGAGCAUCCUUAUUAUCCAUCAAAAACCAGAUAGAACAGGAUUUUGUCAUUAGUUUGCUGAGGGAGACAAAACAGACACUAUGGAUUGGGUUGAGGAAGUUCGACUACAAAUAUCUUUGGGAAAAUAAUCAAGAAAUAACCUACACAAACUGGAAUCCCACGGAACCGAGGGCUUAUUCGGGAGAAUGUGUUGAAAUGCAGAGUCAAUAUGCGCUAGACAUUGGAAAGUGGAAAACGGCAUACUGUUAUCGUUAUAAAGGUUAUAUCUGUGAAACACUAAAAGAUCCCUCUAUUGCGACGCAAAUUACGACACAGUGCCCCCCAAACUACGCACAGAACAGACAAAGUUGUUACCGAUUCUUCAAUGACAUCAGACUGGACUGGAAAUCAGCUGAUCAUCACUGCAGACUUGACAAUGGAACACUAGCGACCAUUUCCACUGUUUAUGAAUUUGGCUACAUUCAAGCCAUUGCACUACAAUUUAAUAUGGCUACAUUUUGGAUUGGAUUAAGAAAAUCAAAUAAUUCAAACCUGUAUCAAUGGAGUAAUGGUCUACCCUACCUUUACACUCACUGGAAUCAGUCGGAACCCUCUCAGAGACCAGGCGAGGAAUGCGUCUUAUCACAUGACAACAAAUGGCAGGACAGCUCCUGUAAAAUUAACCUUCCCUAUUUGUGUGAAAAGAAUUUAGGAAAACUGCCAUUGUCAUCGCCUAUUGAAUGUCCAAAAACAGGCAUGCCUUUGAAUGGAGCAUGUUAUUACAUAGAAUUAAAGCAGAAAGGAUCAUGGACGGACGCCCAGCAUAUGUGCCAAAAUCUUGGCAUGACUCUUGCUUCAAUCCAUUCAACCGUCGAGAUGGAACACAUAAGAGAGUUUGCAAUCCGUCAGGGUGCGACAAGCGCUUUUUGGAUUGGACUUUCAAGAAGAAGAUUGCCAUUAGAUCUAAUCGGGAAAGUAAACUUCUAUUGGUCAGACAAAAGUAGCGUCGAUUAUACUAACUGGAAUACCAAUGAACCCAGUGACAGUCUUUUCAGCCAAAACGAAGAGUGUGUGGAAAUGGCUACUACCGGCACUUGGAAUGAUGUUUCUUGUAGAUCGAGUCGAGGAUUUGUUUGCAGGGAUGAAGGUAAUAAUUUGACUUUUUAUAGAGUUUGGGAACUGUUAUGGGAUGAGCUGAUCGGACGUAUGCUAGCUUGUCGUCCUUUCCUGCAAGAAUUAGAUGUUCUUUCGUGAGGUUUAAAAUUAGAG